AUGCUACCACCCCCACUAUCGCCCAAGCGCUCAUCAGUGCGUGGAUAUCACGCUUCGGGGGAUAUCACCUCUGUCAUCACCACUGACAGAGGUGCUGAGUUCGAGUCAGCCCUCUUUACCAAUCUCAUGGGGACUCCUGGUACGAAGCGUUCCCGCACAACUGCCCAUCAUCCCACAUCCAAUGGCCUCGUUGAGCGACUCCAUCGGCAGCUGAAGGUCGCCCUCCGCGCCGCCCAGCACACCCCCUGGCCAGAAGCUCUGCCCCUCGUGCUGCUGGGCAUCCGAACAUCCUUCAAGCCCGACCUCGGCUGCACCCCUGGAGAUCUUGUUUAUGGUGCCCCCCUACGCCUUUCCGCUGACCUCUUUGAGGGCUCGCCUACUCUGCCGCUCCUGGCUCCCGCCGACCACCAUGGACGCUCUCCACCCAACCCCUCCCGUUCCAGUCGCGUCUCCAACGCGUUCCAACACCCCGACCUUGACCGCUGCUCACACGUCUUCGUCCGCUGCGACGGUGUCAAAAAAACCGUUGCAGCCACCUUACUCCGUGCCCUAUCCCGUCAUACGGAGAACCUCCACCGUCUAAAACCUGCCUUCAUCGACGCCUCCACCUUGCCGGCCGUGGCAUCGCUUGGUCCCUCCGCCCCGCUUCCUACCAGUCAGCCUGGAGACCUGGAGACCCGUCGCCAGCCCAUUCGAGCCCUUCCCGUCCACAUGUAA